AUGCCUAAACCACAGUGUUGGGGAGGAGAGAAAAAGUAGCCGUCUAAGCACGGCUUGAUUUACUUUCAGCGACAAGAGUUGUCCCUAAGUGGUGACUCACUGGGUUGGGACUAUAAAAGUAAAGGUAACUGCUCUCUGAAACAUCAGGGCUUCAGACUUCACAAAUCCAACAUGAUGCAAUCAAGACUUUCAGCAGUCUUCUUUUUCUUGUUGGGUUUGUCAUUCUGCCUGACAAUCCCUAUUCCCCUUGAAGAUAGCCAUGAAUUCACAGAGAAAGACCUUCAGUUUGCAGAGCGCUAUCUCAAGACUCACUAUGAUCUCCGUCCAACUCCUGCUGGCAUAAUGAGGAAGAGUGCCAACACAGUGGCAUCUAAACUUCGAGAAAUGCAAGCUUUUUUUGGCUUGGAGGUGACAGGCAAAUUAGAUGCAGAAACAUAUGAGUUGAUGCAGAAACCAAGAUGCGGUGUCCCAGAUGUGGGGGAAUAUAACUUUUUCCCUAGAAAACUCAAAUGGUCAAAAACGAAUUUGACAUACAGAAUUAUGAAUUACACUUCAGAUCUGAGACGUGCUGAAGUAGACAGAGCUUUCAAAAAAGCAUUCAAAGUUUGGUCUGAUGUGACACCACUUAACUUCACCAGAAUACGAAGUGGUAUAGCUGAUAUUAUGAUCUCCUUUGGCACUAAAGAACAUGGUGACUUUUACCCCUUCGAUGGACCCUCUGGAUUACUGGCUCAUGCUUUUCCCCCGGGUCCAGACUAUGGAGGAGAUGCCCAUUUUGAUGAUGAUGAAGCUUGGUCAGAUGAUUCUAGAGGGUAUAACUUGUUUCUUGUUGCUGCCCAUGAAUUUGGUCAUUCACUGGGACUUGAACACUCUAGAGACCCUGGAGCUCUGAUGUUUCCAAUUUACACAUACACUGGAAAAACUGGUUUUGUGCUUCCUGAUGAUGAUGUGCAAGGGAUCCAAGAGCUCUAUGGUGCUGGAGACAAAGAUCCCAACCCAAAACAUCCCAAAACACCAGAGAAAUGUGAUGUAGAUUUAUCACUUGAUGCAAUAACAGAACUUCGUGGAGAAAUGCUGAUCUUCAAGGACAGGUUUUUCUGGCGACUGCACCCUCAGAUGGUUGAGGCAGAACUGGUGUUACUUAAGUCCUUUUGGCCAGAGCUUCCAAAUAAAAUAGAUGCAGCUUAUGAAAACCCCAUCAAAGAUCUUGUGUUCAUGUUCAAGGGAAAGAAAGUCUGGGCUUUGAAUGGCUACGACAUAGUUGAAGACUUUCCUAAAAAGAUAUAUGAAAUGGGAUUCCCAAAAGAAAUGAAAAGAAUAGAUGCAGCUGUCCAUAUUAAAGACACUGGCAAGACUCUCUUUUUUACUGGAAAUAAGUACUGGAGUUAUGAUGAAGAGGCGGAGGUUAUGGAAGCAGGCUACCCCAGGCUGAUAGAGGAAGAAUUCGCAGGAAUUGGUGACAGAGUGGAUGCAGUCUAUCAAAGAAAUGGUUAUCUCUACUUCUUCAAUGGACCACUGCAGUUUGAAUACAGCAUCUGGAGCCAAAGAAUUGUCCGUGUCCUGCAUACUAACUCCAUAUUUUGGUGCUAA